AUGGAAAAGUAUGAAAAAUUGGCUAAGAUUGGAGAAGGGUCUUAUGGUGUUGUAUUCAAAUGCAGAAACAAAACAUCUGGACAAGUAGUAGCUAUUAAAAAAUUUGUGGAAUCUGAAGAUGAUCCUGUUGUUAAGAAAAUAGCUCUAAGAGAAAUACGUAUGUUGAAGCAAUUAAAACAUCCAAACCUUGUGAACCUCAUUGAGGUGUUCAGGAGAAAAAGGAAAAUGCAUUUAGUUUUUGAAUACUGUGAUCAUACACUUUUAAAUGAGCUGGAAAGAAGCCCAAAUGGAAUUGCUGAUGGAGUGAUCAAAAGUGUAUUAUGGCAAACACUUCAAGCUCUUAAUUUCUGUCAUAAACAUAAUUGUAUUCACAGAGAUGUAAAACCUGAAAAUAUUCUGAUAACUAAGCAAGGAAUAAUCAAGAUCUGUGACUUUGGGUUUGCCCGAAUUCUAAUUCCAGGAGAUGCCUAUACUGAUUAUGUUGCUACAAGAUGGUACCGAGCUCCUGAACUUCUUGUGGGAGAUACUCAGUAUGGUUCUUCAGUCGAUGUGUGGGCUAUCGGUUGUGUUUUUGGAGAGCUCCUAACAGGCCAACCACUCUGGCCUGGAAAAUCAGAUGUGGAUCAACUUUAUCUGAUAAUCAGAACACUAGGAAAACUAAUCCCAAGACAUCAAUCAAUCUUUAAAAGCAACCAAUUUUUCCAUGGCAUCAGUAUACCUGAACCAGAAGACAUGGAAACUCUUGAAGAAAAGUUCUUAGGUGCUCAUCUCAUGGCUUUGAAUUUCAUGAAGGGGUGUCUGAAGAUGAAUCCAGAUGACAGAUUAACCUGUGCCCAACUCCUGGAGAGCCCUUACUUUGACUCUUUUAGAGAGGACCAUAUAAAAAGAAAAGCCCGUAAUGAGGGAAGAAACAGAAGACGUCAGCAGAAUCAACUGUUGCCUCUCAUACCAGGAAGCCACAUCUCCCCCACACCUGAUGGAAGAAAACAAGUCCUCCAGUUAAAAUUUGAUCAUCUUCCAAACAUUUAG